AUGGUCGAAAGUGGUGUCCCCCAGGGUUCAGUACUGGGACCCAUUUUGUUCCUUAUCUACGUGGACGAUGCCGCAAGAGAUUUGGACUGUGAAGUAGCAAUGUUUGCGGACGACAUGAAGAUAUGGAGUGUAAUUCGUGGUCCUGCCGAUGAAGACAGACUGCAGAUGAACCUGAAUCGGUUGGAGGAGUGGUCAAACCGUUGGCUCCUGCGGUUCAACGUUGCCAAAUGUAGCAUACUUCGCCUAGGCAACACAGCCAGAUCCGCCAGCACAAGAGGCUACUUUCUUGGCGGUCCAGCCCUACAAGAGGCCAAAGCCCAAAAGGACCUCGGUGUGCUUACCACGAGUUCCCUAAAACCAUCCGCCCACUGUUCGAGGGUGGCAAAAAGCGCAAUGUCCGUACUGUACGCCAUCAAGCGUGCGUUUAUGGACUUUGACGAAGAAGCUUUCUCUAAGACAUUCGGAACAUUCGUCCGGCCGCAUUUAGAGUACGGCAUACAAGCUUGGAGGCCGUGGGCUGUUGUGGAUCAAAACUGCCUCGAAAGAGUCCAGAGGAGAGCCACGAAGAUGGUUAGGGGUCAAAGCUCCUUUCCUUAUGCAACCCGCCUAGUAAAUCUGAACCUCUUUCCUUUGAGUUACAGGCAACUUCGCGGAGAUCUCUUGCAAGCCUUCCGCAUUGUAAAGGGGUUGGAUUGCAGUCUGGCCUUCGAGGACUUUUUUGAAUUUGCUACCACGACCAACCUCCGAGGUCACCCGUUAAAACUGCGUACACAGCAGGCACGGCUGGAUGUGCGGAAGUUCUCCUACUCGGUUCGGGUGGUCAAACCAUGGAAUGAGCUUCCCGCAGAUGUUGUGAUGUCACCAUCUAUACAAAUUUUUAAGAAGAAUCUGGACAUAUUUAUGUUCCGAAAUGACCAAGAGCGAUGAGAAGUCGAGCUCACCCCCUGUAACUCCUUCUAAUUUUGUCCCACCAUUAUGGGCGUGUUCGAACUAUUUCAGCCAAGAACAUCUAUCUGUACACCACCAAUUUUUUACGUUGCAAAUAGGGUACUCAAAGGCUUACGCCUAUUUCCCUCAAUAAACUGAACUGAACUGAACUGAACCAGGCUCUCCACACAAGGCCCGAGUCGGUCCGAACAAGGCCAACAGGACGGAUGAAAAAAAUCCCACGGGAUCGACGGCCGAAGCUCGCGGCGAAAAAAGAUGGCGCCGACCGAAAGUUACGUGACCGGUGUGGCAUACUGUCUCACGGACGUACGCGGGAGGACGAAAACACCACGUCCAAGCAACAACGAUCAAUCACUCCAUGCGUACGGACUGGCAAAGUGGUUGUUCCGGCGUCUCAAGUUCCUUGCAGUGGAGUAAGACACCACGGUCUCUUCGGUGGCACAAUUCCUGGGGAAAAUUAAAAUGGUGAACCCCCAUACAAAUGAGGUCAUGGUAUCAUUUGAUUUCACGUCCCUUUUUACUUCUAUUCCUUAGGAUCUGACGAUCGAGACAGUCAGCUACAAACGCAGUUGUUCAAGAGCGCUCUAUAAGCGUGUCGAAACGCACUGCAGUGAACCGGAAGACAAGACUGCUGAACUAUAACACAUUCGCCAGUUCCUCAAAGACAGCGACUACACCCCUAACUGCGUCAAACGGUGCAUACACAAAAGGGACGAAAGGCCAAACCUCCUGGACCCCAAAUUUUGGCGAGCGCUUCCGUAUGUCAAGAACGCUUCGGAGGCUGUAGGCCGCAUUCUCGCACCACUUGGGUUUGGAGUUGCACAAAGACCGGAAGCAACCGUCAGGCGUCAGGUAAUGAGACCGAAAGACCCGCUGCCACGGCAAGAAACAUUUGGGGUCCUUUAUCGGAUCUGGUGCAGAUGCGGACAAAGAAACUACGUCAGAGAAACCGGAUGACGGCUCUGAAUGCGAAUGGCCGAGCACGCUGCAGCGGUGCAGAAAAAUGAUGCCAGCUCUCAAGUUGCGGCUCAUUCGACGAGAUCCAGCCACACAUUCAAAUUCGAUGAGGCCGAAAUUCUCGUAAGAGGUGACAACGGCGUGAGCCGGGAGCUACUUGAAUCAUGGUUUACUGGCCCCCGGUCUAUUAACAAGUGCAAUGAUCUUCCUCUUCCAUACUCGGUGCUGAGACUUCGUUUAGGCGGAGUAAUAAGCCACGCGGACAGAGCACAGGUGGACACUGUUCCCCAUGCCAGGAUCGGUGGGUCAGGUAGUCGCGUAAUUAUCACACCCACACCCAACGCACGUAGUGAAAUUGCGGCAAUUAACGAAGCAAAUGUCGACCAUGUAGAAUGAGAACAGUCCGUCACCCUCCCUCUCCCCACCCCCUACAGCCCCUGUGUGCAUACGGACGGUGACAACAAAAGUUGAUACACCACUCCCUCAUCCGGUGACAAGACGCUCUAGGACUCCCGCCCCGUCCCUUCCUCCCUGCCACCCUGACUGCAUAUGUAAAAACCCGUCUUAAAAUGACUGUCAACCACAAUUUCUAACCUCGCCCCGUCAAUAUAGUACUGGUGUUUGGGAGAGGCAUUGCGGCCGGUGUUCAGGUGCAAAACCACGCAUUUGGACACGUUAAACUUCAAAAGCCAUCUGUUCGACCAAGCACACAGUUUGUUGAUGUUCGACUACAACUUCUCUGCGUCAUCAUUGCACUUGACUUCACUCCAUAUUUUUAUGUCCUCCGCGAACUUGAGAGUCUCGCAAUUCACUUCGCUGAUGCAGUCAUUAACUUAAAUCAGGAAGAGUACUGGGCAUAAGACAGAAUCCUGUGGGACACCACUUUCUACCUUUACCCAUUCCGAGGCAGAAUUACUAACGACGACUCUUUGUAGUCUGGAGGACAGAAAACUCCUGAUCCACUUAAACAUUCUUCCUUGAAUUCCUACAUCCCAAAUCUUCUGUAAAAGAAGCCUGUGUGGGACACUGUCAAAGGCAUUCUUGAAGUCAAAAAUAUGACAUCUACUGGAAAACCCUUAUCGGUAGCUCGUGUCCAUUUCUCGUGCGAGUAAAGAACACUCAUUAGGCAGGAGCGCCCUGGACGAAAGCCGUGUUGGGCAUCACACAAUAUUUUGUUCUGUUCCAGGUAUUUCAUCAAGUGUCUUUUGAUAAUACGUUCCAUUAUUUUACACGCGAUGCAAGUAAGACUGACAGGACGAUAAUUUCCACAGUCAAGUCUUGAGUCUCCUUUAUGGAUCGGAGUAAUGAGUGCGCACUUCCAUUCUUCCGGUAGCUCGCCGUCUUCAAAUGACUUUUGAAAUAUUGCGGAUAAGGGUUUGCACAGUUCAUUAGCAAGUUCACGAAGUGCUAGGGCGGGAAUUCUAUCUGGGCCAGGCGAUUUGGCAGGUUUCAGCCGGAGUAACUCGGCCCUAACUAUGGUAGAUGAAAAGAGUGGUUCCUCGGUUAAGGAGGGUAGGGAGGGGAUAGGAGGGGAAAAGGUACUGGGAGGAGAGGUUGGUUGGCGAAUGGAUGGAUGGGCAAAUAUAGAAUUAGGUUCUCGGGUGAAGACGGACUGAAAGAAGUCGGAAAGGAGGGACGCUUUAACCUGGUCAUCAAUCUCCACUUUUCCAUCUGCAGACCUAAGGGCAGGGAUCAGCUCCUGAGUCCUUUUAGUACUUCGUAUAUAACCAUAUAGAAUUUUCGGAUGCUCCAACGAAUUUCGGAGUAUGUUCAAUUCAAACUUCUUUCGCAGCUUUGAGGCCUCACUUUUACAGACGUUUCGCUGCCGCUUAUAUUCCUGUAAGUGUUCUUUGGAGCCAGUUAAUCUGUAACGCCUCCACAGACGAUUCUUGUUUCUGAAAAAGGCCUUCAAGCCCGGGUUUAUCCAUUUUGGGCGGUUUGUGAUUGUCUUCCUUCUGAGAGGACAAUUUGAAUAAACAAUCUCUUUCAGUAAGGAACUGAAAGUAUUCCAGUUGUCGUUUGCUCGACCAUGCAGUUCAGUCUCCCAUGAUAUAGCUGCCGCUUCCCUCCUCAUGAGAGAAUAGUCCCCUUUUCAAAUGUUUCUCUCCCACCUAUCGGGUUGGACGGGUUUGGAAAAUAGUGAGUACUCGAAGUAGAGCGUGAUGUGGUCGCUUGACCAUAAUAGCUGUCGGUCCUGCAGGUCUAACACAUUUUCCUCCUCUCGGGUAAAAAUAAGAUCAAGGCAGUUCGACUGCUGUCCUUCCCUGACCCGUGUUCCAAAGGUAACAUUCUGGCAGAUAAGUUUGUACAUUGCCCAUUGUAGUAGUUUUUGAUUAAAGCUGUCUUGUGUCCCUUGUGCAGUCCACGUUAGCCAAUCAAUGCCAGAAGCGUUAAAAUCCCCAACAAUAAGGACAUCUUUCUUCUCGCUAGUUUGGUACAGUUCGGAUAUGAGCAUGAGAUCUUGGUCAGAAGUAUGGUUAGGUGAACGGUACACCACCGAAAGCGUCAAUGAUCGGACAUUCUUAGUAGAUAUGGUAACGCUUAGCAGUUCCACAUCCCGUACCGGUCUAUAUACAUCAGCCAUAGCGCUUAGCUUGCAAGUGACAUAAAUUAUGACUCCUCCUCCUCGGCUUAGUCUAUCUCUCCUGAAUUGCUGAUAUCCUCUAAGUGAUAUUUCUGAAUUUGCGAUAUCUUCAGUAAGCCACGUUUCUGUGAAUGCCAUAAUGUCUGGCUUAGUUUCAUCAACUAAGUCUCUUAGUUCGUCUAGUUUGUUGAAGGGGCUUUGCACAUUUGCGGAUAUAACCUUCAAUGACUGAUUCGUUGAAGAGGCCCGGCCUUCAUUGUGACGGGUUCUGACCAUAGGAAAGACCCCUUUGUUUGGACUAUUUGUCCAUUUUUGAUCUUCAGCCCUUUCUCUCCUCUGCCAAUUCUCUCCUUCAGUUCUGAUCUCAGUAAAUGAGAUGGUACCGACAAAAACAAGGGAGACCGGAAUGGCCAUUUCUGGGUUAUUACCCGUCAUCACCCACUCAUAAUCAGCCCGUGGUGUGAUACACCUAGCUUUAUAUGGAUUAAAUGUCCUCACCUGCCAUUCGACGGGAUAUAUACGGUCUCUUUUAUUCUUCAUAUUUUGCCUUAACCUGUUCGGAGGAGGUGUAACAUACGCAAAUUUUUCACAAAAAGACCAAAAAUAGCCCAACAACAGCAUGCAUGCUCGACCUUAUGUAUUUUGAGAAUAUCUGGUUAAGGCUUUCGCCCAGAGCAACGUCAAGAAUACUGGGUAAUUUCCCGAAGCUGGUAUGGGGUCAUUUCGAAGCGCUUAAGUCCUUGGUUAAUUCACUUAUUCCAAAUACACCGUUUUUAAUUCACCCUUGCACUUGUCACCUCAUCUUUCCGGUGGCUGCUCUCGCUUUGUCAAAUUAGAACGUGCUAAGUACGGACAUCAGACUGAAGAACCGUCGUUUCCACUUUAAAUUUCUUAGAUAACUUGCAUAUUUUUUCAAAAAACCAAAAGUUACAUCGAAUAUUUGGCACACAAACGCUGGAGUUUCUGGCAGUUUUUUAAAGUAAAGUUAAAUCUCAUAUUCGUGAACGACCCAUAUAAACAACCAUUUAGCGCGAUCCUCGAUUUCGUGGUUUACCAUGUCUGUCGCCGCUUCCUCUGUACUGCUGGCGCACGAAUUAUGGAAAGAAGCAGAGUGAGGGUCACUUUUCGAGCGGGCUAUAACCGUAAGAAUAUGUAAAAUAUUUUUGGGUGCUAUUUGCGACUGCCGAGGGCAGCAUCUUUUGUGCAGCCUUUGCUCUGACUGAUUGAUGAGUAGUAUACUGUUCAAUUUUUAGAAACGGCGUUCAAGUCACCACACCAGUCAUUCUCACCGAGGGUCUUAUCGAGUUUGCGGUGGCGCAAUUGUGCUCCACCUGACGGUAGGCCUCUACCAGACUGGCGUCUUCAUUACCGACCAACAGGAUUACCGUUUCCGUCUGGCCAGUUUUUUGAAAGCCCAGGUUUUUCGAGUCUACCGUUCCAGCCCACAGGACAAAAGCUUCGUCGUCCUGUGAACAGCCAACUGCACAAGAUUCGCCCUGGAUUUGUUCGAUUCCCAUACUUACGUUCUAAAAAACGAAGAAGAAGUUUCAAAACCCCUCCGAAGCAGACGCUGAAUCCAAAUGAUCCUCUUAAUCUGCAAGACCUGAUGAACGAAACUGACCGUCGGAGAACUGAGGGCCUAUCACCCCUUCGUGGUGAUUCUCGCUAUAGCACACCUGCCCUGAGUAUCAGCGGCGAACUAAGCAACGCCAGCCCAGCUGUUGGCGCUGCUCUGACCGCAAGCCUUACCCAAAUGGUUAUUGAACGAACUAGAGGCAAGAAUCUAUCUUGCAGGGGACGCGGUCAUCCGCGACAUUUUCGCCGCGGCCGCUGGCAAAACAGGCGAUUGCCUGUAAGUGGUAACUAUCCCGAUUAUUACUCCCGUCGGGAUCCGGAGGAUCGCAUAAAGUUUCUCAUGCCUGAGUGGUUUUCUAAUGGCGAUAUAGCCGAUUACGGUUGUCAUAACGGAACCCUUACAUUCCGUAUCCUCGAAAAAUUCCCUGAUAUACACAAGAUUGACGCCUUUGAUUGCGAUCCAGAACUGAUUGAGAAUGCCAAAAGUAUGCAGCGGGAAAGGAUCAGAUGGGGAGCUCAGGCCAACACAAAGUAUGACAAAAUCAACUUCCAGGUUGCCAAUUGGAGCGAAUGCUCGUCAUUCGACGAUGAGCCCACGUACAACACGAUCCUUGCUUUCAGCGUAACUAAGUGGAUCCAUCUAAAUUACGGUGAUGCUGGCCUGAUGCGCUUCUUCCGGCGUGUUUUUAACUUACUGAGACCAGGCGGACACCUCCUGCUCGAACCACAGCCUAAAUCGUCGUAUAAGAAGACUCGCUUUACAGUAAGUUUAAUUUUUACCCUAGCAUUUCUCUAGGCUGUGCAACAGGAGAACUAUAAAGGCAUGACUAUCGACCCGUCAAACCUGGAACCUUUGUUGCUGGACGUCGGCUUUUCAUACUUUGACAAAAUUAAAGUUCCUCGUGCCAACGAAGCCUUUCAGAGGCAUAUAAUCUUAUGCUCCAAGUCUUAUGGCGCCACACCGUCAUCCAUCCGCAACGAUUGCCGUAGUGAAAACCAGAUGUGGCGAGAUUCCCCUUCGUCGGAUGGCUCGGCUCCCCGAGGCCCACCUCCCGUUAACUACUGCCCUCAAACACCUAGUUACACAGCCCUCGUUUCCCCCAGGUCGUCUGUGCAUUUUCCUACCCCCGAACCGUCUACUACAACUCCAGAUAGUCUUCAUUUCGAAGCAAUUUCAAGUACUGUGCCGACGGUGGAAGCCAUGAGUAGGGUUCCAGUUGAAGCAUCCCCACUUCUCUCUAUUGUGGAUAACUCGGACGUCACUGUAUCGGUGCCAGAUUCAACUUCCGAACAGUAA